AUGUGCUGCUGGCCCCAGAACACCGGCUGCCUCAUCCAGGAGGGUCCUGAUGCCGAGGGCAACUCGCCUAUCAUCUCCUUAACCAGUCAAGAUGUCCCCAUGGUUCCUGCAUCUCUCCAGUCACCCUCUAACAUCAGCCAGUGCAAGGACUUCGUUCGCUGCCUGCCACUUCACCUGUCCAUGUACAUCCUGGGGCUUUCGGAUCAAAAAUCCCUCGAUGUCUGUGCUGCUGUGAGUAGAUGCUGGGCUUUUCUGGCCAAAGAAGUCAAGAGUGAAUGUGUGUGUCGAAGCAAAGUACAGGAGAAUAUCCUGUAUUUGCAGGGGUUGUGCCCUAGAGGAGUGGUUUCAAACUACGAGACUGUGACAAUUCCGCAGUUAAAUGAAGAGGGUGAUGUCAUCGAAGUGACAGGCCAUGACUGGGGAAGUAAAACCAAGGAAGACAAUCUGUUGGCAGCCUAUCAUGAUCUGAAAACAGACACAAUCCAGCUGGAAGAGAGAAAUGUCUUCUGUGGCUCCUACAACAUUCGUGUCCUCAUGGAUCAAUCAGACCGAAGCAGAACAAUCCAUUACAGUGGUGGGAACCUGGUAGCCAUUGGCUCUGCAGACCGAAAAGUGAGGCUUCUUGGUAUGUCAGGAAUGAAGGAAGUGCCGCCCCUGCUCUCUGGCCACGCUGGGAGCAUCAAGGCACUCUUCCUCAAUGAGAAGAAAGGGUUUGUCCUCAGCGCAAGCUUCAAUCUCAGCAUCAGAUGCUGGAAUAUAUACAGUGGUGCUUGUGUGAACGGUCACUGUGGGACAGUCACCUGUUUGGAUUUACACGAGGAGCAGUUUGUGUCAGGAGGCAGAGAUGGGAUGGUGAAAGUGUGGAAUCUGGAGAGUGGGAAAUGUUUGAAGACUCUGAAACACAACAGUGCUGUUUGGGUAGCUAAAAUGUAUGGCACCCGUGUUGUCAGUGUGUGUGACCGAGGGCUGGUGAAAGUCUGGUGUGCCGAUACGGGCACUCUGAUCAAAACAUUAGAGGGGCACCAAGGCCCAGUUAAGUGCUUGUCCUUUGAUCAGUGGCACCUCGUCACAGGAAGCACCGAUGCAUACGUCCUGGGAUGGAGCAUGUUGGGAAACCUCAAGAGAUGCCUAACAGCUUUCCGCCACCCUAAGGAAGUUCUGUCUCUGGAGUUCCUCUGUCUCCGAGUCAUCAGCAGCUGUGCUGAUGGAAAGAUUCGCAUAUUUAACUACUUGACUGGAAGCUGCCUGAAGGUGUUGAUGGCCAGCAGCAGAGGGGACCCCAUAUCUUCUUUCUGUGUUGCAGGAAACAGGUUGGUGAUAACAGCUGCCAUCAGUCUCUGA